GUAACUAUUUGUAUUUUUGUUACAGCCAAAGAGUUCGCCCGACAAUUCAUGAUGUUAUCACUUCAAAGAUUAAAUCAUAUGCUAGAGAGGCUUCAAAGUCCAACAUAGAUAAAGUUGCAAAAAGAACGGCAUCGGAUGUGUCACAUUCACAUGGAGCUGUCACCUGUUACCAACUACCUAAACAGAAAAAGAAGAAUGAGGCAUCGACAUUGGCAACACAACUUGUUGCUAGUCCCAUCUCUCCAGUUAUGGCACCCACAGGAGAUGCUCAGCAUGCAGCUAGUCAGCUUCUUGGUUCAAUAUUUGAGUGUCUAGUAGGCAUACUUGAGAACCAUAUUACUGUUGGAGAGCUCCUUGAACAAAAAUCAUCAACUGACGUUGACAGUGUAAACACACCUCAUGUGGCAAAUGGGGACACAAGCUGGAAUCCAGAUUCUGAAUACUCCCAACCUACUGGUGGUUUUAGUGUUGCAUUCUCUCUGUCAGUUGUUCAGAGCGAGUGCCAGCAACUUCUGUGUGAAAUUUUGCGGGCAACUCCAGAAGCUGCUACUGCAGAUGCAGCUGUUCAGACAGCUAGGCUUGCAAAUAAGGACCCAGUGAAGGAAAAGAGGGAUGGAUCAGAAGGCCUUUCUUUUGCUUUUCGCGUUACAGAUGCAGCAAUCUCUGCGCAAAAUGAAGGUCAAGGAUGGAGAAGAAACCCAGCUGUACCCCAAGAAGGGUAUGGAACAGCAAGCAUCAUACCUGAUCAAGGGAUUUUCCUAGCUGCAUCAGUUUACCGUCCUGUCUUUGAGUUUAUGAAUAAAAUAGGAUUGAUGCUUCCUCGAAAGUACUCACAACUUGGGUAAUGUGCUAAAUUUAAUUUUGAUUCUGAUUCAUUUGUGAAAUUGUGCACCUGUACUCCUACAGUUACUAUUCAGUGUGUACCUUAAUGCUGUCUAAUAACUUGAGUUAUAUAGGUUCAUUGAUGAUAUGUGGUGUAAUGUGUGUGUUUAUCAUCCCAUGUUUCUGACGCCAGCCUUCUUUUUCCCCAGACAGUAGACUUAGUAGUA